AUGGCAAGACCCAUCCUUCGAAAGCAGAGAGAAGAUGGUUCGGCUCGUAUUAUAGAGGAAGACACUACAGAAGAAGAGUUGUACAGGUAUACUCGAUACCGGUGGUCAUGCAACGAACCUGAGAACCUUGCGAUGCGGUAUCGGAAGUUCAAUAUCUCUGCCCUCCUUGACGCUGCCGUUCAUGCCGUUGGUAAUGGAGCUAAAUCGUGUGUCAAAGUAGUGAAAUGCGUAGAAGGUCAGUACAACAAAGCUUUCACAAUAAUCAUGGACAACGGAGCUGAGGUCUUCGCAAAAAUUCCUAAUCCCAACGCUGGCCCGGCGUUUUACACAACUGCCUCUGAGGUAGCUACACGAGACUUUUUAUGUGACCUACCACUACUCCGCACAAUUUUGAAACUGCCCGUUCCGCCCAUUUAUACAUAUUGUUCGGAUCCAUUCAAUCCAGUCGGUGCGGAGUACAUUAUUGAAGAGAAGGCCAAAGGCAAGCCACUAGGGAGUCUUUGGUAUAUGUGGCAAAAAGAAACACAACUUGGUCUGGUGACUCGGCUUGUAGAUUUUGAGACGAAGCUGACCUCGGUUUCAUUCGGGGGUCAUGGCUGCAUCUACUACAAGAAGGAUUUGGAAAAGAAGGCUAUCCAGGUCUACGACCUGGACGCAAGGUCUUACUCAUCUGGCGACUUGGUAAAAGGGUCUCCAGCAGAGGAGUUUGUGGUUGGGCCAUUGACUGAAGCGAGGCUAUGGGAAGGCGAUAGAGCUAUGAUGAAGUUAGAUCGAGGUCCAUGGAUUACUCCAAUCUCCUACUUGACAGCGUUAGGAGUCAACGAGCUACAGUGGGCGAAGACGCACGCAAAACCCCGCACGAAUCCAUACCAAUCCCUUGAGGCGUUAGAAACUCCUGGUGAGUACAUCUCACUCUUAGAACGAUAUCUCCAACUCGUUCCUCAUCUGUCACCGGGUCCGUCCCGGACAUCACUGUCUCACCCAGACCUUCACCUCGACAAUAUAUUCGUGGAUCCAGACACGAAGCAAAUAACUUGCAUCAUUGACUGGCAGUCAGUCUCGGUGUCUGGGCUUUUCUUUCAACACAAGAUUCCGCGUCUACUUCUUCCGAUCAGAUCAUAUACCACGAGAAAUUGCUUGAAAACCGCAUCAGAUGGGUCCAAGGCAACACAUGACGCAGAUGGGACCUCAGAUCUCCUCAGACACUACCAACACCUCACGAGGCUUAAGAAUGAGCAACAGUGGGUCGCAGUGACUUCGCCAAAUCGCUCUCUUCGGAUCAAGCCCAACUCGUUGCUCUGUGGUGCAUGGAGCAGAAACGAUGUGUUUUCAUUUCGUCAUGCUUUGAUAAACAUAGUCGCUCAUUGGGAAGAGAUUACACCUGUGAAUGCACCUUGUCCUAUACAAUUCGAUCCAAAGGAACUGGAGCUUCACAACGACGAAUUGGAGGUUGUAGAGGGCCUUGGGGAAGUAUUGCACCAGCUUCAAGACGACAACCUGAUCCCGCUGGGUGGCAUGGUGCUUCCAGAGAAUUAUGAGCAGGCUUUGCACAUCAACAAUACUGUCAAGGAGAUGUUUGUAAACAUGGCUGAGUCUGAGUCGCAGAGGGUGUUGUUCUCCCGGAUAUGGCCAUACCAAGAUCAAAGUCUAUAGGUAUGUAGUUCCAGCCGUCAUGACUUGAAGAAAGGCUGUAUUUGCAGCAGUCUCGCAAAUUAGAUACCCUCCGCACUGAAAGUGACCUGGAUCGAAAUUUCAAAUACAUCUGCAACGUCAUUCACAAGUUGUCGGAAUAUAUCAGCUUGGGUUUGGUAGUAAACGGGAAGUUCGGAGCUGUCCUGUGUGGACAAAACAGUAGAGACAUAGCAUGAAAGCGUAAGUAAGGAGUUCUAAAGGAUGGGUGUAUGUUACGAAGACGAGUCAUAAUAGGUGGGACUAGAACAGCCCCUGAUAUCCAGCUGCUGAUGGGGUGAUCCCCGCCCGAAGUAUACGCCUCGUCAGGAACGUCGAUCAAGACAAUUCUGACCAAUCCGUGAGCGUUGUUGGAGGUACCCACAAG